AUUAAAUAAUUUAAGUUUUAAAAAUUUAUAUUAAAUAUAAGAUUUGUUAAUUAUUGACUAAAAAUUUAACGCUAAUUGCGGAGCUUUACACUGUAAAAAAUGACUGUGACAUACACUGCUGAAGUAGCCACAUGUAGAGGCUUAGGAUGUUUUCUUAAAUUGUUACUCAGAUGGCGAGCUAGUAUUUACAAACUUGUAUAUAUCGAUCUGUUACUAUUUCUCACAAUUUACUACACACUGUCAAUAAUUUAUCGAUUUGCGCUUAAUGAAGAGGCAAAAAGAAAAUUUGAAUCAGUUGUUGCUUAUUGCAAUGAAUACAGUGAUCUCAUACCAUUGUCUUUUGUGCUUGGUUUUUAUGUGAGUAUCGUAAUGACUAGAUGGUGGAACCAAUAUAUGGCUAUUCCGUGGCCUGACUCAAUUGCCGUCUUUGUGUCGGCUACCAUUCACGGUAACGACGAGAGAGGAAGACUUAUGAGACGUACAAUUGUCAGGUACGUGUGUGUAUGUCUGACAUUAGUUCUUUCAAACAUAUCACCACGAGUGAAGAAACGUUUUCCAACUCUCGACCACUUUGUCGAUGCCGGUUUGUUAUUGGAAAAUGAGCUUGUAAUUUUCCAAAAUUUAAAUAUGAAGUUUCCGAAGCCGAGCAAACACUGGCUUCCGAUAGUCUGGGCUUCGAGUAUUGUAACACGUGCUAGAAAAGAAGGCCGCAUUAGAGAUGACUUUGCUGUUAAGACUCUGAUCGAUGAAUUGAAUAAAUUCCGCGGGAAUUGCGGAAGGCUGAUUCACUACGAUACUAUUUCAGUGCCGCUUGUUUACACGCAAGUCGUUACAAUAGCAGUGUAUUCGUAUUUCCUGACGACAGUGAUGGGCCGUCAGUGGGUCGAGACAACAAAAUCAGAGCAAAAAUUAUCAAAUAUUUCAAACAUAGAUCUCUACUUUCCUUUCUUCACGACUCUGCAAUUUUUUUUCUACAUGGGAUGGCUAAAAGUCGCUGAGACUUUGAUAAACCCAUUCGGCGAAGACGACGAUGAUUUUGAGGUCAAUUGGAUAGUCGAUAGAAAUUUACAAGUCAGUUAUUUAAUCGUCGAUGAAAUGCAUCACGAUCACCCUGAAUUGAUUCGUGACCAGUAUUGGGACGAAGUGUUUCCUAUUGAGUUGCCUUAUACAGCAGCAGCAGAGCCGUUCCGUGAAGAACAUCCGGUACCUUCAACCGCUGGUAUUCAAUUAUCAGCCGCUCAACAAGAAUUACAGCCGUCCUCAGUGCGAAUUGAUGAAAUGAACCCACCGUCUGAUUUACCCUACAAUAAAUUCCGUAGUGAUGUAGCGGAUGACGCUAUGUCGGGAAUACACUUCAUGUCUGACUCGAAGAUGUCCAGGAGUGCUAGUAGAAUCAGCAACCGGGAUCGUUACAAUGGUGGUGGCUCUACGGCAAGUAAUAUUGGUGAGUCUCUCCCUCGCGUCAACAGCGUCACUAGUGUUUUGAAGAGAUUGUUCAGCAAGGAAGACAGGCCUGAUGGUAAUGCUAAGACACCCGGAAGAAUUUCUAAUUCAGGUUCGUCUGCUUCACUCCAAAAUCGCAUGAGCGGCGUUCCUGCUGCUGGUGGUUCUACAAGAAUGGGAUUUGGAGCCAUUGAAGAAGUUGAUGAGCAGAUGACUAUCCAGUCGAUUCGCGCUGGAGAACCUCGUCCUCAUGUUCAAAGUAUCUUUGCUUCUGGACCUCCUCCUCCCAGCGCUCCAGUUGAUGUUCCCUCUUACAAAAAUCGGCAUCAUGACUUAUUGUCAGUCAGUGCACCGGUUGGAAGUGCAAGGCCUCAUCAUGUCAGACCUCAAAGAUCUGUGAACAAUUCUAUGGGAUUACCAGUAGAAGGUAGUCCUGCUUCGGAUACUCCGAUUGACAAUCCAGAAGGACCAAUGGAGGAACAUAAUCAAGAUAACAUAAGUAUCAGAUCUUCAUCUUCAUCUCAAGGCAGUCAUAACUUUUCUAAUUCUGAUGAUGACUUCAACCGGCUUAAAAGUGAGAGAAUUAAACAGCGAAGAGAUAAAGCUAUGAGAAAACUUGUUAAGAGUAUAGGCAGCAGUCGACAAGGUAUUAGUGGUAAUAUUAGAUCUUCCUUGGAACUCGAUGGCGAGACAUUAUUGUUAACAGAAUUAGCAGAGGCUUCAAAAUUCGCGUUAACUUCUUCUAAUAAACCGGAAAAUGUCUGAGGUUUUAAUUAUUUUCUCAGACAAUUUUAAUAGCAAAUUUAUACUUCAAUAAAAUUUUACAAUUUUUACCUACGCUAUUUAGGCUAAUAGAAUUUAUAUAAAUAUAUAUAUAUAUAAGCACAAAUAUUUAUUUUUUAAUAGACUUUUUGGAUUGUUAGAUAUUUUAGUUGUUUUAAAUAUUUUUAAGUGAUACAUUGUUAUUUAGUACACGCCGUAAAAGCUAAAACGUCGAUAUAGUUGUCACUAUUAUUAGAUAAUUUAUUAGUGGCCUUCUUUUUACAAAGACACGAUAAUAUGGUAGGAAUAAUAAUAUUAAUUAUGAUUAGAAUUAUUAUUUUUAAUAAUUGUAUUUUUUAUUUUGUAUAUUGGGUAAUUUUUAGAGUUUAUUUUUGAAUUAGGACAUUUUUUAUUUAUCAUGCAGCAAUAAAUCUCAAUGAAAGUACACAUUAAUUUAUAUACCGUAAAACUAUAUUUAGUAAAAAAUUGACAAAUAUGAAUUUAAACGUCUGUAUGAAUUAUUUAAAGUCUUUUUAAUGUUAUAACAUUCCAAAAGGCCUACAAAUAAGCUGAUGGUGCUUUUACAAGGAUAGUAUUUUACACACAAUAGAUAUCACUAUACUAGUUAUUUUUGUACUAAUGUCUAUUACAAUUAUUAAUCUGUACAAAUUCACUCUAAGGGUUUAAAUGUGCCUAUUUAUAAGUUCAUAAAAAAAUGUCUCAGUGUA